UUGUCUGUUACAUCGGUGGUAAUGCAGCGCGAGAACCAUUUCUCUUGAGAUAUCGCAGCAGCCUCGACCAGAUAGGUGCGUUGUGUAUUAAAAAUUAUUCGUCAUUUGUCAUCGUUGAGAAAUCAUGAAGAAGUGGGUGCAGGAGAAGUUGUCUGAAUUAUUGCAAUUUCUCGUCCCGGAUCAUUUAACUGAGUGUAUUUUACAGCUGGAAAAUGAAAAGGAUCUAGAUGAGUAUCUUGCAACCCUAUUGGAUAAUAAUAAUCCAAAUCACAGACAAUUUGUAACUGAAUUGAAAAAGAAACGCGCUUCUUAUAAUAAUCAGACUAGAUACAAAAAAACAAACGACGACGAUGAUAGUAUGUCCAAGAAACAAAACGAUAAGAAAAAGGGGAAAGGAAAAGGGAAAAAGAAUGUCCAAGUGCCAGAGACUGUAAAGUCUGAGAAGGUGGAAAAGAAGAAGACUAAAUUUGUCGAUUUAUUGUCUCAUGGAAAUGUUCUUUUGAAAGGAAGACACAAAUGUGACUGCGAAGCAAACAGACACGCGUUAAUUAACAAUUGUCUUACUUGCGGAAGGAUAGUCUGUGUACAAGAAGGCUCAGGACCGUGUUUCUUUUGCGGAGAACUUGUUUGUUCUCCAGAGGAACAAACAUUGCUUCGGAGCAAUACUAAGCAGGCUGAUAAUUUAUAUAAUAAAUUGAUGGAUCAAAAAGCAAAUAAAAAUCUUGAAGAUUCUCUUAAACAGAGAGACAAACUUCUCGACUUUGAUCGCAAUAGUGCCCGUCGUACUAAAGUGAUCGAUGAUGAGUCAGACUAUUAUCAGUCAAAUAGCAUUUGGCUUUCCCAUGACGAGCGCAACAAGUUACAGAAGCAAGAAGAGGAAGCACUAGCGCGCAAGCAUGCGUCGCGUUUGGAUAGAAAAGUCACUAUAGAUAUUAUGGGAAGAGUAGCUGUUGAUGAGGCUCAAUCCAUUAACUUGCAAUCGGAAGAUCUUGGCGAAACAAUGUCGUACGAUGGCUUUGAAAAUCUAAAUAUUUGUCCAACGAUCGAAUUUGAUCGUCCAACAUUUGUUGAAGGAACAUUUGGAACAAGCAAAGGAAUUGAAAAUCCCGUAUGGAAUACGGAAGGUAGAAUACAGGAUAAAGAAUAUCUAGAGAUGUUCGACCAAGGUCUGUGUUUGAGCAUGCAUCAGCCUUAUGCAUCCCUGCUAGUGGCAGGGAUAAAAACUCACGAGGGUAGAACUUGGUAUUCUUCACAUAGAGGAAGAUUAUGGAUAGCAUCGGCUGCUAAAGUUCCUUCCUCCGAAGAGAUAUCUAAUAUGAAGCAUGUCUACCGCUCAUUCAAAGAUGAAGAUAUUGACUUUCCCGAAGUCUAUCCCACGAGUUGUUUGUUAGGUUGUGUUACGGUGACUAAUGUUCUGCCGCAAAAAGAAUAUAGAGAAUUAUAUCCAGAAGGAGAAAGUGAUAGUCCAUAUGUUUUCAUAUGUGAGGAUUUUCACAUGUUACCGAUACAAUUUCCCAUGAAAGGAAAACAUAAAAUUUAUAAAAUGGAUAAAAAAUUUCAUCAAGCUGCUUCUAAAUGCUUAGAAAAGGCCAUGAAAACAGCUAAGAAGUAAUAAUAUUCUCAUGUUAGCCUCACAUCGUUCCUUUCUUUGUCAAAUUAAAUAAGAAAAGCACGAAGGGAUUAUUACUGUGCUAAAUUUUCAUUUUUCAAGUGCCUCACACAAUUAUCUUAUUUUAGUAUUUCAGUGUCUUGCCUAUAUAAGCUUCAAUGUAAUCGUCAUGAAUCAUCUAUUAUUCUGACGCAUCAAAUUAGGCUAAGCCGGUACAGUUAAUAAAAAAACCUCUCGUCUACACUAUGCUAUUGAUUGAUAAAAAAGCUGGAUAGUUUAACAAAUUAAAGUACGUUAGCUCAAGCAUUGUUAUUACAACUUUUUCUAUUGAGCAAAAUUCUCCUAUUAUUUCUCAAAAUACUUUACACGAAGCUAAUACAUAUCAUUUUGUGCAAUGUCGACAAACGUAUGAAAACACAAUAUUCUGCACGCACAUACAAAAUUAUAUACAUUCAACAAUUCAAAACAAUGUUAAAUAAGAUAAAAAACAAACGGUACAUAAUAAGCAGAUCGCAUUUCGAGCUUUAAUGAUUUGAUGAGCAAGGAAUGUAUGAAUAAAUAAGUAUUUGUGAUUACUACUC